GCCUUACCCAUUUGAGCCCAUCCCAGCUAUAAGACCUGUGGAGAGGAGGAGCCCCCACUGCUCCCCAGUGACACUGAGGAUGAAGACAGUCCUGCUGCUCCUUAUUGCCCUGACUGUGGCCCUGAGCCCAGCCUACACACUCCGCUGUCAUGUGUGCAGAGACACUGGCAACUGCAAGAAUCCCCAGAACUGCCCUAGCAGCUCCCGCUACUGCAAGACUGUGAUUUCAGUGGAAUCUCUGGCAGGAAACCUGAUGGUGAAGAGCUGUGAGAAUUCAUGCAUGUCUGCCAACAGCCAGCAGGGCCAGGUCAGCAGUGGUAUGGAGUCCACCUACUGCUGCACGGAGGACCUGUGCAAUGAGAAGCUGUUCAGUGCUGCACCUGGCAGAGCCCUGCCGAGUAGCACCACCUUAGGCCUGGUGCUGGCGUUAGGGCUCCUCGCCCUUCUCCUGGCCCCUAGUCUCUAACCUCUUCCUCUUUCAUUUCUGGAGUUACUACAGCCCCCUCUCUGGCUACACAUGGGUGCCAAACUCCCAAGGCCAGGGACUCCUUGCAGGCGGGGGCCCAGUCCUGGUGAAUGCAGGACAAUUACAGAAUCACAGACACUGUGUUGGGGGUACAUCUGGGAGUCCCCCUGGGAGGCCAGCCAGGCAGCAUGGAAGGCAAAGGACAGGUUCCCCUUCCAAAUUUUCUAUGUUACUUAUUUUUCUACUCAAACCUCUCCAUAUAAAUAAAUGAUUUCUAACCAGU